CUUAUAUAAGCAGCCGACGUCAGGAUCCUUGCAAUUUAAAUUUCACCGAGGUUUUUCCUGAAUUGACAAGGACCGGUGGAGUCGGUGCCCCAUGUCGCAUCGGUUCGAGGAUUGAAUUCAGGAGAGAGCGAAACAUUUGCGGCGCGGUUCAUUCCUUUUUACCAUCCAUCAUCACUAUCACCAUCAAACCUCAUCAAUUGUUUCCAUUGGGAAUUCGCAGUCAUUCUUUACGCUGCAGUCUCGUCACUCAUUAUUUGCAUCAGUCAUUCUUUCACCUAUCAACUAGACAAUCUCUGCGAGAACUAUUUAGCUCCGCUCCGUGUAUUCCCAAUCGAUUCGAUCAUCAAUUCGUCGCGUACCAUUUCGAGCUCGUGUUUCAUUUGCAUUUCCCGAUAGAUUCCCCCGAUUCGUUAAAGUUCUUCUCGAGUGAUAUCCAUACCACGUCCGUCACGAUGCGUCCUUCAUUCGCCGUUUUCACCGCCGUCAUGGCCUCCGUCCAGGUUCGCGCCGCUAUGCCUCCGGCUUGUUUGUUGUCUGCUCUUGGUGUUCAGCAGAACCCUACCGACAUGAAGGCCGUCUGCGGUGAUCUUCAGCAAGCUAUCCAAGGCAACUUGACCGAUGCCUGCCACACCGAUGUUCUCCCUGCGGCUUACAAGGUCUAUUCCUCCAAGUGCUUGGCCGAGGGUGUAACCGUUGCUGCUCUUCCCACCGCGACCUCUUCUGGUGCUUCCAGCAGUGGCUCUGCCUCUGCUACCGGCUCCGGUGUCGCCUCUGCUUCUGCUUCCGCAACUGGCAGCACCUCCGGCACCUCUGAAGCAAGCAACUCUGCCAGCUCCACUUCUAGCAGCAGCUCUGCCGCUGCCACUGGUAACGCGGGCAUUGCUACUGAGCCUCAGCCCUUCCUCUAUGCUGCCGCUGCACUUUUCGCUACCGGAUUGACCAGUGUCCUCUUCUUGUAAACGGGUUAUCGAAUGGGUUGUGGGGAGAAGUAGUCGAUGGGCGUCGUUGAAGAGAGUUUGGUUGAUGUUGGCCUGGGCCUGUUAUACCCCAAUCUUCACGGGCUCGGUUUUGCUUGGAAUUGCGUUGCGCGUAGGGUAAUGGAGAAUAGUCUUGACGAGGACCUGGGCCUUGGUUUGAAUAUAGAUGGAUAUUUAUACAAUUGCGAUUAAACGCUUAUU